AUGCGACUCGAAGGAAAGGUUGCACUCAUUACCGGCGGCGCCAGGGGGCAGGGUGCGGCGGAAGCCCGGCUGUUCGCUCGCGAAGGCGCCAGGGUAGUAAUCGCCGACGUAUUGGACCCGGACGGAAUGGCCGUUGCUGCCGAGAUUAACGAAUUGGGCGGCGAUGCCACCUUUGUCCAUCUGGACGUUUCAAGUCAGGACGACUGGCAGCAGGCAAUAGACGCCACGGUCGCCGCAUACGGUAAGCUCGACGUGCUGGUCAACAACGCGGCCAUUUGGCGCGGCGGGCAUGUUCUGGAAACCACCGGUGAGCAGUGGGACACCGUCCUCGACAUCAACGCCAAGGGGGUGUUCCUGGGCACCAAGCUGGCAAUUCCCGAGAUGCGAAAGGCUGGGGGCGGCUCGAUCGUCAACAUAUCCUCCACCGCCGGCCUCGUCGGCAGCCGUACGAGCACCGCCUACAGCGCAUCCAAGGGCGCUGUCCGCCUCUUCACCAAGUCCACAGCGGUGCAGUACGGGCGUGAGAACAUCCGGGCCAACUCCAUCCACCCCGGCCCCAUCGACACCCCCAUGGGCGACCAGGUCUGGCCCGACGCCGGCAGCCGCGAAGAGGCCAUCGAGCGCACAGUUCUCAAGCGCAUCGGCACGCCUGAGGACAUCGCCAACGGCGCCCUCUUCCUCGCUUCCGACGAUUCGUCGUUCAUGACCGGCGCCGAACUGGUCAUCGACGGAGGCCUCACCUCCCAGUAG